AGAGAAGAAGCGUCGCUUGUUUAGUGUAUUGUUCUCUGGGAUUUCCAGUCUGUUUGCAGGGGGUGGUUCAGAGGAAACAGUGUAGCCUAGAUAGAUAAGGAGAAGUGAAACCAACAGCCACGUGUUGAUACAUACACGCGCGCGAAGAAGAGUAACACGUUUCCCACGAGACCUGCCUCUUGGACCAGGUGCUGGAGCUGAUUAUGAGCGAGAAGCCCCCCACCAGUGCAAGUCUUUUCUUGAACGAGGACACGGACAAACCGCCCUUGCCAGAGAGAGGAGACCUAAGGCGGCGCUUACGCAGGGCCAUGGAGAAGAGGGCCAGCAACAUGAAGGAUAGGAUGAACUGCAUCAGCAGGAGCAGUGUCAAAGGGUUCCUCAGGAGGAACCUGUUUGUUCUGUUCACUGUCGCUGCCGUAGUGUUGGGUGUAAUCCUGGGCUUUUCUCUACGCCACCACAACUUGUCCCUGAGGUCGAUCAAGUACUUUUCCUUUCCUGGAGAACUGCUGAUGAGAAUGUUAAAGAUGCUGGUGCUACCUCUCAUUGUCUCCAGUCUGAUUACAGGUAUUUCUUCCUUGGACAGCAAAGCAUCGGGUAAGAUGGGUAUACGUGCAGUGGUCUACUACAUGGUGACCACCCUGAUUGCUGUGUUUAUUGGCAUCGUGAUCGUCAUGAUCAUCCAACCGGGAAAAGGCAGCCGGGACAGUCCUGUGGCCAACGGCGGAAACAUUGAAUCCAUUCAGGCUACUGAUGCUUUUCUGGAUCUCAUCAGGAACAUGUUUCCACCCAAUUUGGUAGAGGCCUGUUUCAAGCAGUAUAAAACCAUGUACAAGAAGAUUGUUCAUACCAGGAUUGUGACAGUGGCCCCGAACCUCACAGACUCUCUUAAUGUCACCGCUUCUAACCUGAAUAUAAAUCUCAGCAGGGUGGUGCACACCAUACAGGAGACAAUGGAGGAGACUGUUCCUGUGUCUGGCUCCUCUGCUGGAGUUAAUGCUCUGGGUCUCGUAGUCUUUUCCAUGUGCUUCGGUCUGGUCAUUGGCAACAUGAAGCAGCAGGGCCAGCCUCUUAAAGACUUCUUUGACUGCUUAAAUGAAGCCAUCAUGAGGCUGGUCGCCAUCAUCAUCUGGUACGCUCCAGUGGGCAUCCUGUUCCUGAUCGCAGGGAAGAUCGUGGAGAUGAAGGAUGUGGCACAAGUGGGCGGUCAGCUGGGGAUGUACACCGUAUCAGUCAUUGUGGGUCUCCUCAUCCACGGCCUCUUUGUCCUGCCACUGCUUUACUUCCUGGUGACUAGGAAGAACCCUUACAGUUUCAUCGGUGGGCUGCUGCAGGCGCUCAUCACUGCUCUGGGAACCUCCUCCAGCUCUGCAACCCUGCCCAUCACCUUCCGUUGUCUGGAAGAAAACAAUCAUGUGGAUAAACGAGUGACCCGCUUCGUCCUUCCUGUGGGCGCCACCAUCAACAUGGACGGCACCGCUCUUUAUGAGGCUGUGGCAGCUAUCUUUAUCGCCCAAGUUAAUGACAUGGAUCUAAACUUCGGUCAGAUCCUCACCAUCAGUAUCACAGCAACUGCUGCCAGCAUCGGAGCAGCAGGCAUCCCUCAGGCUGGCCUGGUUACCAUGGUGAUCGUAUUGACAUCGGUGGGACUGCCCACAGAGGACAUAACACUGAUCAUCGCUGUGGAUUGGUUCUUGGACCGCUUGCGUACCACCACCAAUGUGCUGGGUGACUCGCUCGGGGCUGGAAUCGUGGAGCACCUUUCUCGUACAGAGCUGCAAAAUCAAGAUGAAGAGGUGCACAACUCUGUAAUUGAGGAGAACGAGAAGCCCUACCAGCUCAUCUGCCAGGAGAAUGACUUACUCAACCACGUCAACAGUGAAACCACAAUGUGAAGAGCGUCAUCUGCAAGGACUUAAUGUACCCAAAUCACUAAUACUAAGAGGCUGUUAUAACAAUGCAGUGAUGGUCCUAGAGAAAACGAUAGUUCUUGGUCAGCCGAGCCAGUGCUCUGUGUUUCCACAGUGUUGCUUUUGCUGUUGCACACACAAACUCACAUCAUUCCCUCAUAUACAGAAGUUUCUCUGGGAAACAAGGAGAUGCCAAGCCUGUCCUGGGGCAGCUACAUGACAGGAAAUUAAGUACACAUGCUGUUAAGGAGCAGUUUCAGUGUUUUUACAAGAGAUUCAGUUAAUGUCAGACAACUUCAACAUGUUAAAUGCUGUCAAAGUAUUCACCUUCCUCAAAUCGGUAUGAUUUAAAAUCCAUGCAAUCAGAGCAUGAUAGAACAUGUCAUCAUCAGCAAAACAGUGUAUUAAACAGUGUAUUAUAAAGUAAUCAAGACCAAGUAAACCAGCUAAUUUUCCAGUGGACUGAAUGUAAAUCUGAACUUUGUGGUCAUUUGCUUGACUUCAAAUAUAACAUUAUUAACAUUAUUUAAUUUCCAGACACCUAAUUUUGUUAUUUCCACCAUGACUACCUCUAAAGUUAGUUAGAUAUAAAGUUUCUACAGCACUACACAAACAUACACAAGUUCAGCUGGAUGUAAAUAAAGUAAUGCUAGUAUUAUUGUGUUCUACAUUUAAAUUUGUUUUUUUUGUCUUUGAAUUUACUUGACUGUUGAACACUGGAAGACGGCGAAAAGGAAAGUUUAAAUACUAAUUAUUUUGAAGUUGUUAUCUCUUAAGUGACUUGGUAUAAUGUUUUUCACUCAGUGCUCCCUUAAUGAUACUGUUGUGUAUUUCUUGUGUUUACUUGGUGCUAGUGCUUUGAAACUCUGGGCACUGGGCUGUAAUGCUAUGGUUACCGUGGUUACACUGUAAUAAUAAUACUGAAACUGUCAAUUUUCUCUGUCAUUCAUUUUACUCCAAGAUAUUAUUGUUAUCCCAACUACUAGGAGAAUCUCUCCAACAAGUGUAUAAUCAGUUAUUUAUUUUUUCACAGCUGAAAUUAUAUAUACAUUUAAUUACUCUCUCACAGAAUAACAACUCACUUCAUUUUAUGAUUUUAGUAUCAGUAUUCAUUACACCUGCCUUUCUGUUUUCUUCUGCAUUCUGUGCCAUGUUAUUUACCAAAAAUAUGUUUUAAAUUUGGUUCUAUCUUGAUUGAAGUCAUAUAUUGCAAGCGAAUCAUUGAACUGUUCUUACGGCUUUGUGCAGAAAUGCUGUUUGUGAACGCUUUGAGAAUUUGAAUGUACAAUUGUUUUAUGCUUUUUGUUUUAGAUGCAACGUUGCAGUGCAAAAUUUUGAAAGUGAACAUUUAACAUGAAACCCCGUCCAAGUUUGUGACACUUUUAUGCUCAUUAAGAGGUUUAACUUACGUUUUUAUGCUUGGUGUUCAUUAGUAGAAAUGUUAUUUUCCAUAGAACAGCAGCUCAGCAUUUUGAUGGACAAUGUAUGAAAAAUAUGAAAAAUAAAUGUCUCAGGAACUCA